ACACUGUAAUGACGCAUUCCGGAAAAAGCCACUUAAACCGCGGCGGGACGAAAUUCAAACAGACAAUGGUCUGAUGCAAUGUGGAGAUAAAUAUGGAGAUAUGUUGGUUAGCUGGAUAUUUUAUUGUUGGUCUGCUACAGUCUUGCAUCGACGCCAACACCCUGGUAACACGUAGCGUCCAGCGCGGGGAGGACAUCAUUCUGCCGUGCCGUUUGGCUGAUGGUAUGGACCCUGAAAAGGUAUCAGUACGUUGGAAAUCAUCCAGGGAGGCUUACCUCACUUCCGGUAGUCGUGUCCUCAAAUACGUGAGCCAGAUUGAGGUCGUCAAGACGUCCACGAUUGAAUGGAAUCUUCGGAUUAAGUCCGUCACGGACACAUUCGCGGCAAAUUACACGUGCAUGGCUGACCAAAAAGUACUGCUGUCUAACGUACAGCUGUUAAUCUUGGUCGCUCCUAAGAUAGACUAUGGCAGUACAAGCUCACCGGAAGUGAGCGUAGAUGAAGGCGGUUCGGUGGAGCUCACGUGCGCGUUUACUGGUGAGCCGGUUCCGAGAAUUACGUGGUUAAGAGGUGACAAAAAACAGGCAACCGGCAUCACGGGAAGAAAACUGGUUCUGCGUGACGUCAAGCGUUACGCUACCGACGUCUACACGUGCCGUGGAGAAAAUUCUGUCAGAGACGAGGAAUAUGCUAUCAAUCUUACCGUGAAGUUUCCUGUCGAAGUUGAAGUUAUGGAUAAGACCAUUGAGGUCGCGACUGGAGGUAUGUUUACAUUAUCGUGUUUCGCGCAAGGGGAACCGUUGCACGAGACGUACUGGAUUGACAAAAGUGGAACAAAGGUGACGGCAACAAUGUGGAGAUAUAAAUUUGACUUGGAGCCCGUAGGUGCACAUGUACCGGCUAAAUUCGUUACCUUGGGUACAACGUAUAACUUGACCGCUUCCGACUUCGGAACGUACACAUGCGUGGCGGAAGGGGAGGGACCUGAUGCCAGGGCAAUCGUGGAGGUCGUUGAACUUAAGGAUUCCAAAGCUAACCCCAAGAAUGAAAAUGUGAUCAAAUAUAACUGACUUGCAAUUAAGAUAUUAAAAAAAGCUGAAACGUAGUAGACGUAGUUGUCAAUUUGAAGUCGAUGGCUUAACUAGAUCAUUUUGGAAGUCAAGGAGUUUCAUGAUUGAGGACACUUUAGACUGUUUCACUAUUAAAGUGUUUUAAUGCAAAAUAGAAAUAAAGUAAACAUGUCUCAAAAAAUAACAUGUUAUUUCGAUAAUUGUUCGUGAUCAUAUUUUAGUAAACUAGAGAUUGUU